UACAUGUAUGUCGUAGUUUAAAACUAGUGAGACUUCAAUCCACCCCAUUUGUUCGGUCAAGUUGUACAUGCCACCCGAAGUAAAAUCGCUAAAAACGUAGCAUGUAUUUAAUUUGGAUAGCUCUUAUUUUUUCCGUUACUACACCAGCAUUCGGCCAAAAUAAUGAUUCCAAUGCAACCGAGUUCCCAUACCUCGCAUCAUUGGGACCUUGCAGCGCUACCAUCAUAUCUGAUCGAUGGCUGGUAACCGCCGCACAUUGUUUGCGAAAAUCCAACAACGUAACGAUGCAAAGGAGCAGUUCAGAAACGAAGGUUUUGAACUACAGUAAAAUAGUGAAACAUCCACAGUUCAAGUGGCUAGCUGGAAUAGCGCCUAUCAACGAUAUUGCUCUGAUAAGACUGGCUGAACCUUUGACUUUAAAUGAUGAUGUAAAACCAGUGGAAUUACCUAAAGGAAGAAUGAGUUCAAAUGUUCCUGCUGUUUUUGUUCACAAGACUGACCACAACACCCUGAUGAAACGGAACGUAACCCAGAUGUUCGGAGAGCGAUGCCUGGGUUACUUCGACCCCUCACAGCGAGGCUUCAUCAGACCUCAACUGAGACUGUUUGAGACCGUCAGCAUUUGUACCAAGGAGGUAGCAGUUCCUCCCGGGCCCUGUGCUGAAAAUACAGCUGGGCCAAUGGUGCAAAACGAUACAUUGUAUGGUAUCUCCUCAUACAUACAUCAGUAUGGGAACUAUGGUCCCAAUUGUUAUAGACUGUACUUCUUCACAAAUAUCGCUAAUUAUGUUCGUUGGAUACAAUCUGUGAUUGUUUAAAUUUAGAACUAGAAUAUGUUUCAAAUGGUUUUUUUUUUAAUACAUGACAGUGUUUAUGUUUCAAUAAAUAAUAAUAACAAUAA